ACAUGUCAAAAGAAUGAUGGAUUGUUAAAAAAAACAGAACCAUGGUAGUGUUUGUACCGGAUCAAAUGAAAAAUGUACAUGGGAGGAGGUUACCUUGCUUACUGUGGCAGUUAGAAACCUGAAAAUCCUCACCCACUUUCUUUCCUUGUCCAUUAAAAACCAUUGAACUCACCAACACCACCACCACCACCACAUCAUUUCUAGAGAGAUCAAGGUAAAAAGAAACCAAAAUACAGUUCUUUUUAAAGAAAGAAACACCUGCUAGAACACCAUCAAGAAACAUCAAACAUGUCAAGAGAAGACACGGAAAGAGGAGGGGGAGUUAAGAGCAGAGGAAACAACAGCAACAGCUACUUAUCAUCAACUUCAACAUACCCGAUAGAAGACACAGAAGCUCAUUACUGGACAUCAUGGAUUGUACCUAUGUUUGUGGUGGCAAAUGUUGCUGUCUUCAUUGUUGUGAUGUGCAUCAAUAAUUGUCCUAAACAUUUACAUACAAGACUUGAAGGGAAGUGCGUUGCAAGGUUUCUUGGGAGGUUUUCUUUUGAGCCUUUGAAAGAUAAUCCUCUCUUUGGUCCCUCUUCUGCCACACUGGAGAGGCUGGGAGCUCUUGAGUGGACCAAGGUUGUAGAUAAGCACCAGGGAUGGAGGCUUAUCACUUGUAUCUGGUUGCAUGCUGGUAUUAUUCAUCUUCUUGCAAACAUGCUGAGCCUGGUCUUCAUUGGCAUUCGUCUCGAGCAGCAAUUUGGGUUUGUUCGCAUCGGAGUUGUUUAUCUGCUGUCAGGAUUUGGCGGGAGUGUGCUUUCGUCUCUAUUUAUUAGAAACAAUAUCUCAGUUGGAGCCUCAGGUGCCCUUUUCGGGCUUCUUGGAGCAAUGCUCUCAGAGCUAAUUACAAACUGGAGUAUCUAUACCAACAAGGCUGCAGCUCUGCUUACACUACUGGUCAUAAUAGUCAUUAACCUUGCAAUAGGAAUUCUGCCACAUGUCGAUAAUUUUGCCCAUAUUGGUGGAUUUCUGUCAGGAUUCCUCCUAGGCUUUGUUCUGCUUCCCCGUCCUCAAUAUGGCUGGCUAGAGCGUCGAAAUGUUCCCUCCGGUGUUGGUGUCAAAUCCAAGUACAGGGCUCACCAAUAUGCUCUAUGGCUGGUUUCUGUGAUUCUGCUGAUUGUAGGAUUCACAGUUGCGUUGGUGAUGUUGUUCAAGGGAGAAAAUGGAAACGAUCAUUGCCAUUGGUGUCACUAUCUCAGCUGUGUCCCUACUUCCAGAUGGAAAUGUAACGAUAACAACCUUUAGUAGGGAAAACAAAGCUCAUGGUCUAAUUUAUGGGUUUAAUAUUUCAAUUUUUAUAUGUAUGAUUUGUAUAUUUAUGCAUAGUUUUGCGUUAGAAA